CUGUGCGUGAAAAGGCCAGCAGGGGCGCUGCAGGGAGCCGCGGCUGCACCAUGACGUCACAGGUGAAGAAGAAGUAGCAACAGCAGUGGCCGAUCUGCGUGUUGUUGGGAAAAUCUGCGAAUUCAGACUUUCUUCUGAGGAGAAGAGGAGCCCUUGCAUAGAUUUCUGCGUCCAGACUCUUCUGUCUGUCUUGCCUCCAGCUGUGAAGCCAUGGCUCAGCAGUCUCAGUACGACGGCGCUCAGAAAGUGUUCUCUGCGGGUCGGGGGCAGAACUUUAACAUGAACGAUCAGGCUCCCGGCCGCCCGAUGGGGGGCGGGGCCUCGGGUGUGGGGCUGGGGGGGAUGAAGGGCCUGGAUAGCGGCGGCGGCAGCCCUCUUGGCCAUCACAUGAAGCUGUUUGCCAGUUUGGGGCUGUCGCCCUCUGACCUGGACGCUCUGGCUGAGAUCCCAGACGAGGACAUCAGCAUGGAGACGCUGCCCCGCAUCCUGAUGCAGCUGAAGAGCCGGAAGGCGGCCGGAGGAGACCGCGGCGCCGCCGCUGCCUCGGACGGAGCUUUUCGAGGAGGACGGGAUAGCUGGGACCCCCCUCUGGGUCGGGGCCCUUCCCGGGCCCAGUCCUCCGGAGACUUUGGCUUCAGCUCCAUGCGUGACGGCUACGGCUCCGGCUACGGCAUGGGCCCGUCGUCGGAGCCCAUGUUCAUGCAGAGGAGGAUGGGCGUACCUUCGAGCGGGAAGAUCCAGGACUUCCUGGGAGUCAUGCCCCCCAUGUUCCCUCACGUGUGCUCUCUUUGUGACUUUGAUGUUCAUUCCACCAUGGAGUGGAACCAGCACACUAACGGCCUUCGACAUGCUGAGAACCGACGACGCCUUCUGGACAUGUAUCCGGACUGGGAGCCGGGCAGAAGGGACACCCCCAACCUGUCUGCGGGGCUGCUGGGACCGCCGCCCAUGUCCUCUGGACCCGUGGGAGGGAUGUCCUCCGGCUGGGGAGGCCGCGGCCGCUCGGAGCACCUGAUGGGGCCGAGCCAGCCUCGCAGCCGAGUGGUGGUGGUGAAGUACGACAGGAAGCCGCUGAGCAACAAGACGCUGUUCGCCUUCACCGAGACCUUCGGCCGCCUCAGAGAACACCUGAUCCUCACCAACAAGGCCUUCCUGGAGAUGGAGACUCAUGAAGCGGCUCUCAGCAUGGUCAACUACUACAAGCAGCAUCCCACCAAGCUGUACGGGAAGCCCGUCACCUUCUACCUGUCCCAGAAGCUCAUGGCCAUCGAGAAAAGCCACCGGGCGGCCGACCUGCCGGCGGAGAGGCCCCUCAGGGACGUGGCCGGCCACGGCAGCAAGGUGGUGUUCUUCGCCAACCUGCCCAAAGACGACGAGAAGAAGAAGGAGCUCCUGACCAUCGCCAGGCGCUUUGGUACCGUGGACAAGCACCUGUUCCUGACUGACCAGGCGUUUGUCCAGCUGGGCAGCGUGGAGGACGCAGAGAUGCUGGUGAAGUACUACAGCAUGAACCCGCUCAUCAUCAAAGGACGGCUGAUCCGCCUCAACAUCUGCACCAAGUACAAAACCCUCAACGUGAGCCACAGGCAGGAGGACAAAGACGGCCAGAGCCGCAGGAGCAGCAAGUCAGACGCCUCCAGGACGUCCAAGUCGUCCUCCAAGAGCCGAGAGGAGAAGAAGAAGAAGGAGGAGCAGGAGGACAAGGAGAAACCUGCAGGAGGCGGCGAGGGCAAAGAGGACGAGUCUGGAGAGGGAGAGGGAGAGGCAGGAGGAGACGCUGAGGAGGAGGAGGAGGAGCCUGAGAGAGCAGAGUCUGAGAAGGAGGAAGAGGAGGAGCAACACCAGGAGGAGGAUUCUGGUGAUGAGGGCGUGGCAGAGGGCGGGGCUAAGAAGGAGGCGGAGUCAGAGGCGGAGGCGGAGCCAGACGGCCCCGAGGACGAGAGCGGCGAGGUGGCGGAAGGAGACGAGUCCGGAGACGAGUUUGAUCAGAACUUCCUGGAGAACAUGGAGGACUUUGUGACUCUGGACGAGCUGGAGGACGACGAAGGCGACGCCUCCGGGGAGUCCGGCGGCAUCGACAACAGCAGGAAGGGGGGCAUGAGGGUGGUCAACAUCCUGGGCUUCAGGCGCGGCUACAACUUCCUCAACGAGAUGCUGGCGCUGGCCAAGCCCUUCGGCAAGGUGGUCAAGCACCUGGUUCUGGACCUGAGGCCCGAGGCGUACAUCCAGUUUGAGAAGGAGGCGGAGGCCGUCGCCAUGGCGAAGUUCUACAACGCCAACGUGACGGCGCUGGUGUGCGGCCGGCCCGUUCGGAUCACGCACUCCCUGAGUUACCCCACCAUCCAGUGUGGCUCCAGCAGGGUCGUCUACGUGGGUCAGAUCCCCAACGUGAAAUACUCGGACCAGGACAUCCUCAAGCUGGCCGAGCCCUACGGCAAAAUCCAGAAGUACUUCCUGCACCGGCUCAGGAGAGAGUGUUUCAUCGAGAUGGAGAAAGCCGAAUCUGCAGAGAAAAUGGCCGAAGCCUGCAAGGGCAAGCAGCUCAAGUUUCACGGCAAGCGCCUGACCAUCUACGUGAGCCGCAAGUACAAACAGCUCAAACACGGGCAUCGCUAUCCCAGCGCACCCAAGAGGGAGAAGAGCCGCACGCCAGAGAAGGCCAGCAAGAACGCCGAGGAACCCGCAGCAAAGAGACAGAAACGGGAGUCUGAGUCUGAGGAGGAGGAGGAGGAGGUGGUGAAGGCUGAGGAAGAGGAGGCUGAGGAAGAGGAGGAGCAGCAGGAGGAGGAGCAGCAGGAGGAGGCGGAGCAGGGGGCGGAGCAGGAGGAGCACAGCGGUGACAUCAGUGAAGAUGUGAAAGUGGAGAAGAACUCGGCUGAGGAGCUUCCAGAAGCUCCUGAGGAGAUGAAACCCAGUGGACAGGAGGAAGAGAUGGACACAUCGACCAAUCAGAACGGACAGACGGAGGCUCCGCCCCCCGCCGAUGUCAAACCCAGCGUGGCGGUUCUUCCGCCUUACGACCCGGACACCCCAGUCGGUGUGGAGCACGUCAAGAUGGGUUACUACUGUCGCAUCUGCUUCCUGUUUUACUCCAACGAAGACAAGGCCAAGAAGACCCACUGCAGCACGCAGGCGCACUACGACAAGCUGCAGAAACAUCUGGAGGAGCAGCAGGCCAAAGCCCAGAAGAAGAAGACGGCGGCGUGAAAACAGCAGAAGAAGAGUCUCAUUUUUUUACUUGUGUAGUUUGAUUAGAUGUUUGUUGUGCUCUGACCAAUCAGAACCGCUCCAGUCCAGGAAGUAGUCCCAGCUGGUACCUGCUUGGCAGGUUCAGAACAUUUUAUUGUUGGAGUUUUACACAAUAAACUGAUUCAUCAGA